AUGGGCAGCAGUAGCACCAGCAAGCUUCUGGUUCGUCUUCCCCAACCUCACGGGAGAUUAUCAACUAGGGUUCCCAAAGGCUGUCUGGCCGUCAAAGUUGGUGAAGCCGGCGCCGAACAACAACGCUUUGUGGUGCCUGUUAUUUGCUUUAAUCAUCCCCUUUUCAUGCAGCUUCUGAAGGACACAGAAGAUGAAUAUGGGUUCGAACAGAAAGGCACCAUCACCAUCCCUUGCAACGUCCACCAUUUUCGUACCAUCAUCAAUCGGAUCAUCCACCACCACCACCACCCCCAUCAUGGGUGUUUUAGGGUUUGGGCUGGCUAA